UUUACACAGAUUCAUACCUGCUGGCUUUUAUGUGACAAAGUUUAAUCGGGUUGCAGCGUUAAAUGCAGUGCGGGAUCGUUUCCCACUAGCACCCUGGUGUUCUGCGUAACCUAGACUACAACGACGAGUUAGCGUUACACAGAUACGAUACAUGUGACGUAAUAAUGCUGAAGCUACCUGCGCAAGGUUGUUUAUCUACUUAGCUAGCUAGCUAGCAUAUACAAAGACCGUUUGAUGUGAACGGAAGACGAACGCAUCCGAGUAAUCAAAAUGUCAUACAGACGAGAUCAGAGUAUCAGGAACCUCUAUGAACAAUUUAUAGACAGAACACAACAGGCGUCUUAUCAGAAAGUGAAUGUUAUGGAUAGGCGGCCUGCCUUUAGUUGCACAGAGGAUGACUGUGAACGAGGGAGUGGCUAUGACCACAGUCAAAGUGGGGGUGGAUACCAUGGAGAUAAUCAGGGAGGCUAUCAUGGGGAGAGAGCCCUCUACAGUGGAGAAAGAAGUGGACCACUUUACAGAAGGGAGGAUCCAUAUUCCUACAGAGAGUCUGCAGGACAACGUUCAGCAGCAAGACAGGCUGAACUCAGGAACAGUGCCAGAGUGACCUCUCAGACCAAUAUCAAGGGUCAAAGGUUACCACCUCCCUGGUCCCUCUCCAUAAGUGUGUGCCACAGAGGAGAUGACUGUGUUUCACGUACCAUUACUAGUACAGGUCGAAGGGAAGAGUGUGAGGCUCUGAAAAGAAAGGUUUCAUUCCCCCCUGUUCGUGAGCACUCUCCAGUGAAGAGGGAGGUGCCCCACUCCCCCCAAAAUCGCUCCAGUCGCAGCUUCACUCCGGAUAGUGGCAAGGCCAGCCAUCCUUACCCCAGCCAGCCUAAGAAGAGCCCCUUUCCCCAAGUCUCUCAAGAAAAAGAAAAGGUGCCCAGCUACUGCUUUGGUGGAUCUCAGGAUGAAUCCCCACACAUUUUGCUAUCAGCUGCUAAGGAUAGGAUGCCAGGGUUUGAAGUGGAACAGGGCGAAGAGACAAAGAAGAAAGAGGAUCCUGGACAGAGUCCCGAGGCACGACGGGCUCAUGCCAUCGCAAACAAAGCUCUGGAGAUUGAAAAGUUAUAUAGGCAAGAUUGUGAAACCUUUGGGACGGUGGUUAAGAUGCUACUUGCUAAGCAGCCGACACUGGAGACACUGCUUCAGACUGCACUGAAAGAGAACCUGAUUGAUAUUAAGCAGCGAUGCCUGGAGGACUUGCGCCGCUUUAUAUCGGAGGUAGAUGCAGUUCUUAAAGCCAAUCAGUCAUCUGCAGCUGGUCAGAUUUACUCAAAGGACUUUUUUCAUCCCUCAGUUGAAAAAGACAAACUGAACAUGCUGGACUUUAGGGGGUACCAGUGAUAUUUACUAGUUUAGUUGUUUUUUCCCAUUGUUGAGUCAUUACAAGAUUUCAGAUAUAUUACUUGGAAUCAUGGAGCUAGAAUGGGAAUGCGAGCACUAAGAAACAAAACUGUUUUAUUCUUAUCUUUACAUUUAUUGCAUGAUCCCACUGUAGCUCAGAUUACAGUGUUUACAUAUCUGGUUCAAAGUUGUGUUCAAUUUUUCAUGUCAAAUAAGUAUUUCUUCUGUAUACUUGCCAAGUUAUUUGAUUUUUAAAAUAUACCGGAAGUAAUAUACAAGAUUUUCUUACAUUAAAAUAUUGUAAUAAACUGACUUUUUUAACAGUUGUUCUUUUGCUUCUUCCUAAUGCAUUCCAGAAUUGUCCAUGUUUGAUUGUGACAGAAAAGCAUGUAAAACAAAGUACAACUUGCAUAUUCUUUUAUUGUCAGCCUUAUGUUCCAGUUUUUGCAUUUAUACAGAAUACACUGAUCUGUUUAUUGUGACUCAUAAAUACAAUUCAAACCAGAUAGGCUCUGCAUAAUACAUAGGGUGUAUUUUUCAUCAGUUACUGUAAUAUAAAAGAAGCAUGUAGACUGAGAUAUCAAGGGUCAAACUGCAAUGUUUUUGUGACUUUUUUAUUUUGAAAACCCUGAUUAACAAACGUGGAGCUUCUGCAAACCUAUAUGUCAGCUAGUCUAGUACUUUUAUCUGUUUAAAAAAUCUUUUCAGGGAUAUAAAAAUAUCUGCUUUAAAUCAGAACUGUUUUUACAAUAUAUACACUUUUAUUUGCACUGUUAAAUAUUCACUCAUUUAUAUAUGAUGCUUUAUAAAUAUUAUAUUCUUUCAUUCUGUCCACAACUAUAAGUGACCUGUUAUUUAAUACACAUACCAGUUGCUGCAGAAAUUUAUUUUUGUUAGCAUAAUGCGUUUAUCUGUGGUAUUAUUGACUGGCAAGGUUGGCAUUGACUUUGUUUAUUGAGUUAGAAAGGCCAGAGAUAAUCUCAAACAAGAGUCUGCCUGGUUCCUCACAUUGCAAAAAUGUUCUGAAUUAGGAUCAUUCCUGGCAUUUGUAUGAAGUUGAUUAAAUUAUGGGAGCUAAUUACUUUA